GUAGUUUCCCUUGUAUGCUUCCGUUGAGCUUGCGCGUCCUUGUCUUGCGCUCCAAUAGAUUCCAAGGAGACUUGAGAUGUAGUAAGAGUUGGCCGGAUCUUCAAAUUCUGGAUAUAUCUUCAAAUGAUUUCAGUGGCCGUUUGAAUUUGCUAAACUUCUCGAGUUUGAGAGGAAUGAUGCUACAAAGCCCUACACAUCGGAGGCUCAACCGGUCGAACUCUAAUUUUUUAGGUUACUAUAGUUUCUACCACAAUGAGGUGACACUAACGGUGAAAGGGAUUGAGGUGAAGCUCGUGAAGAUUUGGCCUGACUUUACAUCCAUUGAUAUGUCUUCCAAUCGUUUUCAAGGAGAAAUACCGGGCGCGAUUGGGAUGAUCCCAACUGGCCGUCAGUUCCAAACGUUUUCGGCUGAUCUGUUUGAAGGAAACGCGGGGUUAUGUGGUUUCCCACUUGACAGAAGUUGCAGCAGCUCUCAUGGACCCGGUUCAAUGCCAUCACAACCGGAAGAUGAGGAGAUUGAGUGGGAAUAUGUGUUUGCUGCAUUUGGUUAUGUUGUGGGAUUCGGAAGCAUAGCAUGGACAUUGUUAUGUUGCAGAAGCUUGAGAGAAAGAUACUUUGAGAAGAUAGAAGAGGUUGUUGACAAGAUAUUCUUUGAGAGAAGAAGGAGAAGAAGACAGGAAAGAAGAGUAAGAAGAAGAGCAGAGAGGAGGAAUGGUGUUAGGAAACAACAUCAGUGAGGUUUAUUAUUUAUUAAGCAUUUUGGUUUGUUUUUAAUUAGCAUAUGAUGAGUGUGAACUAUACUUUGAAAACAUGAUGCAAACCAACUGGUGUGCUACAUAUCCAU